AAAAAAAAAGUGAAGUGAGUUUGUUUCACACAAAAGAUUUGUGAGAUUUUUUAUUGUUAAUUAAUGUUAUUUGGUGAAGAUUUUUUUAAAGAAGCAGGAAUUAAAUAUAAUUUAAAUGGAUUUUGAAGUGUCCAUAAAGUAACGAAACGUGAAUCGGUGGUUAAUUAAAAAUUUAUAAAAUUGUAAACAAAAAGAAAUGUCUUUCCUGAGAGGAUCAGAAAACUAUGUGUGGUGUACGACCAGCGUCCUGGGCAAGGGCGCAACGGGGGCGGUGUUCCAAGGCGUCAACAAAAACAACGGCGAGCCGGUGGCGGUGAAGACUUUCAACCAGUUGAGCCACAUGCGCCCGCACGACGUGCAGAUGCGGGAGUUCGAGGUGUUGAAGAAGGUGAAGCACGAGAACAUCGUCAAGCUGCUGGCCAUCGAGGAGGAGCAGGAGGGGCGCGGGAAGGUCAUCGUGAUGGAGCUGUGCACGGGCGGCAGCUUGUUCAACAUCCUCGACGACCCGGAGAACACGUACGGGCUGCAGGAGCACGAGUUCCUGCUCGUGGUGGAGCACCUCACCGCGGGCAUGAAGCACCUGCGCGACAACAACCUGGUGCACCGCGACCUGAAGCCCGGCAACAUCAUGAAGUUCAUCAACGAGGACGGGACCACCACUUACAAGUUGACAGACUUCGGAGCUGCUAGAGAAUUGCAGGAGGAGGAGCAGUUUGUGUCCCUGUACGGCACUGAGGAGUACCUGCACCCAGACAUGUACGAGAGAGCCGUGCUGCGGAAGCCUGUGGGGAAGAGCUUUGGUGCUACUGUAGACUUGUGGUCCAUCGGCGUCACACUGUACCACGUGGCCACGGGGCAGCUCCCCUUCAGGCCGUAUGGGGGGAGGAGGAACAAAGAAACCAUGUUUUAUAUCACCACCAAGAAGGCUUCAGGAGUAAUUUCUGGAACACAGACAACUGAAAAUGGACCCAUAGAAUGGGCUAGGGAACUGCCAUCCCACUGUCAGCUCAGUGUAGGCCUCCGGAAGAUAGUCACACCCCUACUGGCUGGUCUUUUAGAAGUAGACCCUCACAGGAUCUGGACUUUUGAGAGAUUCUUCUCUGAAGUCCAAACAGUCACCUCCACCACACCAGUCCACAUCUUCCAUGUCAACAAGGCUGCUAGUAUAAAGGUCUUCCUCAAGCCCGAGGAGAAGUUCGAGCACCUGCAGACAUACAUCUGCGAGCAGACCAGCGUGGUGGCCGAGUCGCAGAUCCUGCUGUACCGGGACUGCUUGCUACUCACCGAGAUCGAUGACAACACACUAGGCGAGAAGUACCCGGAGACGACGGCGGAGGUGCCGCUGCUGCUGUUCAACAAGAACAACAACAACGUGUGCAUGGCGCCGGAGCCCGACAUCCCCAAGUUCCCCGUGUUCCCCAACAUCGUGUCCGUGGAGAACGACGCGGCGCAGGCCAAGACGGCCUGCAGCGUGGGCCACGCGCUGCGCCGCCGCGUGCAGGCGCUGUGCGCCGCCUCCGAGCUGUGCGGCGCCUGCGUCGUGCGCUGGGGCGCGCUGCUGGCCGCGCGCCUGGCCGCCACCGCCGCGCGCGCCGCCGCCACCGCCGCGCACGCGCAGCGCCUGCACGACGCGGCGCGCGCGCUGGACCUGGCGGCGGCGGCGGCGCGCGCGCUUCUGGGCGGCGGCGGCGCGCCGGCCUGGGCGCCGGGCGCCGCGCUGGCGGCGGCGGAGGCGGAGGCGCUGCGCGGCGCGGCGGCGGCGCUGCGCGCGCGGCACGCGGCGGGCGCGCUGCGCGCCGACUGGGACGACGCGCUGCCGCACGCGCCGUGCCCCAGCGCGCUGCGCCUGCACCUGAAGGCCAAGACGCUGGUGGAGCGGCUGCGCGAGUCGUGGCAGCACCUGGUGCGCGACCGCGCCACGCGCUCGCUGACGUACAACGACGAGCAGUUCCACGUGCUGGAGCGCAUCACCGUGGCGGAGACGGGGCGCCGCGCGCGCGCACUGCUGCAGCGGGCGGCGCCGCUGGCCCGCGCGCGCGCCGACGCCAUCGCCGACUGGUACAAGGUGGCGCAGACGGUGUACCUGCAGACGCAGAUCCUGGACAAGGACGUGUCCAGCACGGAGCUGAAGCUGCUGGCGCUGGCGGCGCGCCUGCAGGACGCCGAGCACCGCACGCGCGAGCUCGUCAGCGAGGCGCAGGCGCAGAAGAGUGCGCAGCAGGAGCCGCCGCCGGAGCCGCAGCGGGCCAGUCAGCAGAGGUGCGGCGCGCGGCCCGCCGCCGCUGUCAACAACGCGGGCGUUUCCGCUAGUGGAGCGGGCCUACGCGCUUUGCUAGCGGAACACGACAACGUGUCCUCGGCCGCCGCGGCCAGCGCCGCGUUAGUCGCGCGACUGUUGCACCUCACGGCGGACGUGACGCCGUAGCGCGAGACACGCUCCGAGCGCGACUGUCGCGACUUGCCGUUUACCCGUGCUCAGCCUGACUCAGUGACCAGUGAUUAUGUGAAUAGCCAACGCAACUGUCGCCACGUCUCGCCUUCUAAUGUGACUUUUGAUAAUAAUGUGAAUCGUGAUUCUGAGUUCAAUCAAAAUGAUGUUACGAAUUAUGCGACGACUGAUCAACUUUUUGAGAAUCGUUUUAAUUUGACGUCCGAGGUCGAUGUAGAAGAAACUCUGACGUGCUUGAACACCGAGUGCUGCGGCAAUGGCAACUUUAUACAUACGAACAGUAAUUUAAAUGAUAGUCUAAUGAGUGGUAACAAAUCAAUAAGUGAAGAAUUUCCUAAUAUCAACGAAUCGAGUGACCUUAAAUGUUGGUGCAACAAGGACGACUGUCGCAUGUACUUAGAGAAUAAUUAUUGUUCAGACUAUUAUACACAAAACUCUGACGUCGCGUACGAGAAUAUUAGAUUCCAACACAACGAUACCUAUGCACUUUCACCCGCUGGGAAUGACGAUGUGUCAGACAGAGCUAGCGACGUUAAUGUAAAAAACAAUUACAACAGUAAAUGUAGGGCGAGUAAUUACGCGAACAACACAGAAUGUUCAACCACAGACACCAGCGCGACACUAGACAGCUCGGACGAGUCCAUGACGUCACUGGAGUCCGGCAUCAGGACGGUGAUCUAUGAGUCGGCCAGCUGUAAGGACGUGCACUCGCUGCCGGAGGACGAAGACGUGAACAGGAACGACUGCACCAAGCCUCCCUCCAAGUCCGCGUGUGCGCUCAGUUAACUGUUAUCUCUGCACAGUGCACACCUACCAUGUCUCUGUUGUAGAUGAUGCAUUUGUUUUUAAUAGGAGUAAUUAACUCUGGUCAGCAAUUAUCCAAUGGGAAUAUUCAAGAGUUCAAUUAUUGUUUUGUGUUAAGUUAACCAGAAGCCCUCAUGAUCAUUGGUCACUUUUGUCCCAGCCGCCGUUAUCAUUUUUUAUACGAGAUUGAUGAACAGUUGGUCUUUUCAAUUUUUUAGUUGCUUACCAGGGGGAAUAGUCUGCAGCUUGUGUGGCAAGAUUUUGCAGAUAAUUGCCUACAUCUAAUGAUGUUAUAUACUGCUAGAUGUGUUAUUGAGUCAUGAAAAAUUAAUUGUGCAGCAAGCUGAUUGAAUUUGAAUUUAUCUGGUAGUCUGUCAUGUUUUUCUAGCCUAAAUUAAAAUCAAAUAUUUUACAUUUUCUAGUUUUUGCAAUUACAUAAAACCAAGCGUUUAUCCUGAUACUGAUAAAUAAGUACUGUCGGGAUUAUUAUCAGUAUAUUUUUUUUAAUAAUUAUAGUUUUACAAAUUGAUCUCUACUCCUCUCGACAGAUGCAAGUUGUCAGGAGUUAUCUAAAUAACAAACUUAAGAGGCUUAUGUAAAUUCACUUAAAAAGAUGACUGAGUAAUUGUAUUUAUAAGAUCUCAAAUGAAUUCCAUUAUCUAUUGUU